CCCCGGCCGGUCCUCAGCCGCCGACGCGCCGGCCCCCCCCCCCGUCCUGCUCCCUGCGUCGCCGUCCCCCAACUGCGCUGCCACCCCUGCCUCCCCAGCUCCACGCGCGUCGCCCCGUGCCUCCCCAGCUCCCUGCGUCGCCGCCCCUGCCUCCCCAGCGGCCCAGCUCCCUGCACCGCCACCUCCCCAGAUCCAACACCGCCUCCCCAGAUCCCGCCGCCGCCGCCGCCUCCCCAGAUCCCGCCGCCGGCAGCGGCCUCAUCUCCCUCCCCGCACCGGCAUGAGGGGCCGCGGCCAUGGGGGCGUCGCAGAGGUGGAGGACCUGCGCCGCCGGCCAUGGAGCAGGCGGCUCCGCCACCACCUUCCCGCGCCCGCCACCGCGCCACUCGUCCCCGGUCCUGGCUCCUUCCAGCGCCGCUCGUCGCCCAGCGGCGACCGCGCCAGCGCGCAGGCGAGACGACGGAGCGGACGGCGUGGGACUGGGUCCGCGCGGUCCCUCCAAAUCGGCGGUAUGCACUCGACCCGGACAAAAGGGGAAUAUUCCCCGUCUGGGUCGAAUCCAACCCACUCCGUUCUGAACCAAACACGGGACGACGAGGGUCCGACCCAUUCCAACCCACCUCGACCCGGUAACCAAACACACGACGCCGUGGCCUGCCUGUUUCCUCUGCAGCGCCUUAUGCUAGAUCGAUCGACAUUGCUCGCUCCGUCCGCGUUCAUCACCACCGCGCACCGUACGUCGUCAUGCAACCGCCGCGCCCCGCGCAUAUGGCCCCGGACGACGCCGCGGUCCGCGGCAUGGAGGAAGGCGACCACGCGGUGGCCCUGGGCUACCCGCUCAUCGUCGGCGAUGGCAACGGGAGGCAGCAGGAGCCCCUCGGUCAUCCGCGUCACAGCGAGCCGCAUCCGGCUCCGGCUCCGGCACCGGCACGGCGUCGCGUCCACAACUCCUCGCCGGCUCCGGGGGACGACUGCUGCUCCCCCUGUUGGACAUGCUUUUUGGUGAGCAUGCAUGACACCUCUGCCUUUGUUGUUGCAGGUCUUCUUCACCACCGUCGUUCUCGUCCUGGUUUCUGAGCUCGUCCUGAUGCUGAUCCUCCAGGAUUUCCCGAGCCCCGUCGCCGUGCUGCUAACUCUGCCUGCCGUCAUAGUCGUCUGUGCUUGGCUGUUGUGUGUAAUGGAUGAGCACGGCUGCUUCGAACCGGUUCUUCUCUAGUUUUCAUCUCUCUUCAAUGUUUUCUCUAGUUUUCAGAUUGUCACGUUUACAUGCCGUAUCAAGUUGUGACACUGCUUGUUACUUGUUAGACAUUCAGGAUUUCAGGGUUACUUUGAUGUUUCA